AUGGAUGGUUUUCAUCGUUUUAACCAAGGUGAAACUCGGUUACCACCAGGCUUCCGGUUCCACCCAACAGAUGAGGAGCUCAUCACUUACUAUCUUUUGAAGAAAGUUCUUGAUGGUAGCUUUACUAGUAGAGCCAUAGCUGAAGUCGAUCUCAACAAGUCCGAACCAUGGGAGCUUCCUGGGAAGGCGAAGAUGGGAGAGAAAGAGUGGUAUUUCUUCAGCUUGAGAGACCGGAAGUACCCUACUGGUUUGAGAACUAAUCGAGCAACUGAAACUGGUUACUGGAAAGCUACUGGCAAAGAUCGGGAGAUUUACAGUUCGAAAACUUGUGCACUUCUGGGGAUGAAGAAGACUUUGGUGUUUUAUCGUGGUCGAGCUCCUAAAGGCGAAAAGAGCAACUGGGUCAUGCAUGAGUAUCGACUCGAGGGCAAAUUUGCUUACCAUUAUCUCUCCAGGAGCUCAAAGGAUGAAUGGGUGAUAUCCAGGGUGUUUCAGAAGAGUUGCACCAUCAACGGUGCCACCACCAGCGCCGUCGGUGGUGCCAAGAAGACACGGAUGAGCGCCUCCGUUGCGCAUUACCAAGAACCGAGCUCUCCUUCAUCGGUUUCCCUUCCGCCUCUCCUUGAUCCCACGACGACCGCCGUUGCCACCGCCGACCGUGAUAGUUUCUCCUACGACAGUUAUGCUCAAACCGAGCACGUGUCCUGUUUCUCCACCGUUGCGGCCGCCGCAACAGGUUUCGAACAAGCGUUACCACCUCCACCCCAGAUGAUCAACGCCACCACUUUUGAUCACAUACCAUGGUAUUCGACACAUGCAGGCGCUUCCGUUUUUCCAACCUUCAAGUCUCUUGAGGAGAAUCUGCCACUCCCUGUCUUCUUCCCCCAGCCAACAAUGGCGGCCCCGCCACUUCACGGUGGCUCAUCCGUCGACUGGGAAGUUAACUACAGAGGUGCUGGUGGUAGCAAGAUGUCAAUCGGUCCAACCGAGCUUGAUUGCAUGUGGACUCACUAA